CGAACUCUACUGCAUUCCAAGAAUGUCGGUUUUUUUUCAACACUGCUGGCGAAUGCGGCAGAAAUGCUGCAAUGAGCGAUGUCUCAUUGACGAUCACGAAAUCGAAAUUUUUCAUCAACCAGCGGCAGGUGGUAGAUUUUCCGGAGCUUCGUCGUCCUAUGCUGGAGGAUCUAGCUCUUUAGGCGGCUCUGGCUCUUCCUACACCUACGGGGGACCAGGUCAGAACUACAACUAUCGCGGCAAUUCACAGUUUGGUGGUUCGGCAGGGGCUGUGCCACGAAGUAGAUACGACCCAGAUGCACCAGAAAUCAUGUCAGGCAGAGGCUGGAAUCAAUGGGGAAGUCGCGGAGGAAACAGUAAUUGUGUGUUUGUUGAAAGUUGUAGUUCUUGUCGUUGUAGUACUUGUGACGCUUUAUACCAUGAAGUAAAUGAACUGAUUCAUUCAUUGUGAUUUUUUUACUAGAUACUAGCUACUUCUACGUCUACUAAAUGAAGCAAACCACAAUAUUAAUCAGGCUACUUCACGAAUCCUUUGAGCGGAACGAGAGGGCCUGGUGGUGAGUAUAUGCCUUCCGCUCGGACACGUGACGAAGAUACGAUACUAAAUAGUGCUAGAAAGUAUUUCGCAGAUCGCUUCGGAGCUAGUGGAAGUAUUGCAGAGGGAGUAGAGCCUAAUGUUAAGGCGAAAAUGUGUCUCUGUCAAUCUCCAUGAUCUUGAUCAGAAUUUUUGAUCCAGUUUGUUGCAAGGCAUUAUUGUUCUAUCGUGGGCCAGUUUCUCCUCGAACAUUUUCGUAAUUAUAUAUACUUUUUUUCAAGAGAUCAUUCAAUCAUUGAAACGAACUCACAUCAAGAUAAUUUGCUCCACACAAUCACUCAUUCAAGAUGAAUUUACCUCUAAUACAACUAGCACAAGUGGACAAGGGAGUGGCCUAGAUUCCUAUUUGCACAGCUAUGGAGGAGGAGGUCUGCUGUCGUCUGGAGGAAGUGCUAUAGGGAAUGGUCGACCAAGCGGAAGGCUCGGCAGGGAUCAGCGAAACAGCCAGGGUUCGAUUCCUGUGGCGCCAAGGAGGACAGGGAAUGCCACUCUUUUUCAUACGAGGGGGUGACAAAAUUCAGAUUGACAAGGUGUCUUUCCCAGAAAGGUGUUACUUAUGUAACGACAUGAUGUAACGAUGAAUUUUUCUGAUAACCACAAUGAACUAAUUCUUUGUUGUAGAUGUCGUACUUACAACAAAAGCUAUA